AUGGAUUUUAGUGAGCUUGGGCUCAACUUGUCUGUGCUUGUUCACCAUUUGUUUCAAAAGCAUCUUCACGACUCUAGAAAGGCUUUUUAUGAAAUUACACUGCGUACAGGAUCCGCCUGCUCUGAGCAGGAUCUCCAGUUAGUGCAAAGUAUUCAUGAAUUACGAAAAACAGACUGGUUUCAGGAAAUGGCAACACGUUACUGUGCUAUGCUAGACUUUGUCCGUGAUAAAAACAAGGCAACCAUUCAGGAGAUGCAGGAUGUCAUCAAUAACCUAUACCCCAGUGGCUGUACUACUAGUGAGUUUGCAAAUGCUGUGGAAACUUGCACCGCGUUGAUCCCAUAUACUAUCCAUACUGAUCAGGUUCUUAAGUUCCUGGAUGACCAGAGUGAUGCCUUACAUUUAAAUCGGAUAUUCGAGCUUUCGGCCCAGGAUCUGACCCAGCGUAUUGUGAAUGAUCUGCUAGUGAAGUCUAUGAUCUCGCCUCGGUGGUGGCGUGAGGAUCAUGCCACUCGUAGGGGAGCCGGCGAGGUGGUCAAAGUUACAAAGGUGGCCCUGCGUUUGUCACCACUAGAAAUUGCCAUCCAAUAUAGCAGACCGCCAUGGACCAUGAGGAGCCGUAAGAUUCACCUUGAAUCAGUUCUUUCCUUAGAGGGUCCUACCACACACAUUGCAAGACGUCUUGCCAAAUCACAUGAUUCACUGUUGGAUGAAAAAGUGUUUCAGAGACUGCUGACCAAGCUACAGCAUUUGGCUGCACAAUUAGAGCGCGUGCAGGAGAAAUCUAAAGGGGCCGUGUCGGGGGUUACUGAUGCUUUCGAUGCACUGGAGUCGGUGCCACCCGCCUUACCAGCAAAAAUGGAAUCGUCUGAUUCUCUUGUCCCAAAUUCCACGAUGAAUCAAAAACCACAAAAGGCUGAUUUAGGGUUACUCUAUCGUGAUCCAAACGAGGCACUACACAACGUGGAUCUCAAUGACGCAGACGAGCUUACGACGAACGAGUUCAAGGAGUUCAUGAAUAAGGAAUUCCAAAAGGUAGCCAUCAAACCAGGUGAUCCGGGCUAUACGUAUGACAAACGUGUUGAAGUAAACCCAACUAAGGAGAGUACAUGGGAUGACUCGGAAUCAGACUAG